CUAACUGUUGGGGGUAUUUGUUGCAAGAUGCAGAAAUUUCCCAUUCACCUACGAAGAAAUUUGUGUACCCCAGAUUAUCUGAGACGAACUUGGCUUUAUUGAUGGUACUAACUGUGAUAUAAAACUCCGACAAGGCAAAUGCGAAAAGUCUUUUAAAAACCAUGGCUGCUAUUGUCUUCCCACCGAAAAAGACCAGCUGAAGAACACCCAUUUAUCUAGUCAAGCCGCCAAGCUUAUCAAAUUAGGUAUUAUGAUACCCUUCUUAUCCCAAAAAAGCAAUUCACAUUCAUAGUGCUCUCAUUGCUUUCGUAAGGGUGUUCUUGAAGGUAAUUCCGGUACUGGGUUCUUUUUCUUUUUUGAGUUUCAUGGAAGAUUUGUUGUAUUUAUUAUGAAAAAUGGCUCAUGUUCUUGCUUCAAAUAAUGGGUUCUUGCUUGCUCAUGAAAAAUUGUCACUCCGUGUUGGAAAGCCCAAAUCUUUGGGAAGGUACAGAAUUUCCUCUUGUUUAUUGCCCAACUCUUGCUAUGGUUCUGUUUCGCUUCCUUUAUUGGGUUUUCAUACUUGUUGUAAGUAUCAAACUAGGUUGUUCGUGAACGCUAGGAUUAGGUCACUAAUCAAUGAAAAAGGAAAUAUAGAGACCCAUUUGGGAAAAAGGGAAAAGAAUGAUGUCAGAAAGAAGUUUGCUUUAAGAAGAUUGCGAUUACUGUCGAUAACAUUGAAAAGGGUUCCGAUUCAGUCCAUGUUAAAUGACUUGGGAACAUUUCUGCGUAAAAAUAUUAAAAGAGUGACUGUUUCUACCUCAAUUUCUGUUGCACUGGGGCUGUGCUAUUUGUUUCUGAAAUUUACGGCAAUGCCACCUCCUAAGGUUGUUCAAUACUCUGAUUUGGUAAUGAGCCUUCAAAAUGGGACUGUGACAAGGGUUCUAUUUGAGGAGGGUUCUCGCCGUAUAUAUUACAACACCAACUUAUGGAGUGGUGAUAGUACACAAGUGACUGAAGAUAAAGCAUUAGCAAGAAGCGUUGAGGAUGAGACCUUGGUAGAUAUGGCUGCGAGCAAUGAUGUUGCAAGAAGUCAACAGGUAAAUGGUGCAAAUUUUUUGAGGAAACUUACUACGAAGCGGGCUUCUACACCCCAGUGGCAGUACUCAACAAGAAAGGUAGACCAUGAUGAAAGUUAUCUUCUUAGUUUGAUGAGAGAAAAAGGGGCUGUGUAUGGUUCUGCUCCUCAAUCAGUGUUGAUGGCCAUCAGGAGUAUCUUGAUCACUGUGAUAUCACUUUGGAUUCCUUUGACUCCUUUAAUGUGGAUUCUUUAUCGUCAACUUUCUGCUGCUAAUAGCCCGGCAAGAAAACGAAGACCAAGUAACCAGCUGGUUAGCUUCAAUGAUGUGGAGGGCGUUGAUGUUGCGAAAGCAGAGCUAAUGGAGAUAGUUUUGUGCCUACAAGGAGCUAUUAACUACAGUAAACUUGGAGCCAAGUUACCUAGAGGCGUACUACUAGUGGGUCCUCCAGGAACAGGAAAAACAUUACUAGCCCGUGCAGUGGCUGGAGAAGCAAGAGUCCCAUUUUUCACCGUCUCUGCCAGUGAAUUUGUGGAGAUGUUUGUUGGGAGAGGAGCAGCUCGCAUUAGAGACCUUUUUAGUGUGGCAAGGAAGAGUUCACCAUCAAUCAUUUUCAUUGACGAGCUUGAUGCUGUUGGAGGAAAGCGUGGUAGAAGUUUAAACGAUGAAAGAGACCAAACACUAAACCAGUUGCUGACGGAAAUGGAUGGCUUUGAAUCGGAUGUGAAUGUAGUUGUCAUUGCUGCAACUAAUAGACCAGAAGCACUGGAUCCAGCUCUAUGUCGGCCUGGACGCUUUUCAAGGAAAGUAUUUGUGGGAGAACCAGAUGAAGAUGGAAGGAAAAAAAUUUUGGCUGUACAUCUAAGAGAAGUUCCUCUUGAGGAAGACACUGAGCUUAUCUGCAACCUGGUUGCAUCUCUUACCCAAGGCUUUGUAGGUGCUGAUCUUGCAAACAUCGUCAAUGAAGCUGCUCUACUUGCUGCUCGUGGAGGUGGUGAAUGUGUGUCGAGGGAAGACAUAAUGGAAGCUAUAGAAAGAGCGAAGUUUGGAAUCAGUGAUAGGCAACUGAGUCCUACUACAAUAAGCAAGGAAAUAGGGAAACUGUUCCCAUGGAUGUCAUCUCUUCUUGGGAGGAAAGAUAGAAGACAGGACACAAUUCAAGGGCCCCUGGGCUAUCAAACUCUAAGCUGACGAGUACGUUCUGUUGCUCAGACCUGUUUGUUAUAUAUUACGUUCACGAAUGCAUACGUGUACUUAAAUGAGAAAAUUUUGGUUCUAAUCUAUUUUUUUUCCCAUUGAAUCUUGUUUGAAAUAAAAUGACUUCUUGUUGUUGCAUAUGAGUGCCAGAAUUGGAAUUUUGAGGUUUCAUGUUGAAUUUGAGCCACUUCUGUAUAGGGAUCCUGGAACAUAUUGGCAC